AAAAAAAGAUUCUACGAUUUUGAAGAUACAUUCAGUAAAAUAAAAAAAUAGAAAUGUCAGAUGAACAAACCUCUAUUUGUAACACUGAUGAAAUAGUGAUUUGUCCUAAUAAAGUAGAAAGAAACCAUGAUCAACACUAUCCAAUAAAAGAUGAUUCUAUACAAUCAGAAGAAAUAAUAGUAAAUAAUAGUGAACUAGAUAAACAAGAAGAGAAUCAAAAUGAAGCUGUUGUAGUUAAAGAAAAUGAUCAGUGUAAAACAGAUGUUACUUCAUCAAUGGAAAUAUUGAAAAGUCGAGAAAAUGAAGGUGACGAUGAAGCAGAAGAGGAAGAAGAAGAAAAAGACAAAAAUACAAAAUUAAAAGAAAUUUCAGACAAAGAAGAUGGUUCAGAAAAACCAUCAACUUUUGAAAUCAUUGACAAAAAUCUAGAACAAUCUGAAACAACCGAGAAUUCAUCAGGCGAGAAAGACAAAGAACACAAGAAAAAAGUCAAUCUAGUCAAAUGGUUAAAGAAAAAUGUACAUAUUCAUUUACCAAAGCAUCACUCCUUUAAAAAGGAAAAGCCCGUUAUGGAAUAUAAGACUGAAUGUAUCAAUUCAAAUGAAGAAUCAAUGUCUGAUAAACAAAUUAAUCAUAAUUCAUCUGAAGAAGUAAAAACUAUUGAACAUACUGAGAAUGAGCAAAAUGUAACAACUGAAGAGACACAUGAAACUACCGAAUUAUUACAAUCCACAAUUAAGAAUACAACAGCAGACCAUUCCUUAGUCACAUCUACAACAAUAAACAAUGCACAAUUAUAGUUGACUUAUUUCUUUGUAUGUGUGUAGUUAAUUUGUCAGUUUUUCAAUCUGUUAAAAAACAUGUAAUAAUUUUUCUUUCUCUGUCUUUUAUGUAACUUUAUUUUUCUUAAUCUUGAUUAUCUAUAUAUAAACUUCUUAUGAAAAUACAAAUAUUUAUGGUGUGAAUAUUCUCUGUAUGUUUAUGUUCAGUUGUAUAUAUAUUCAUUCGUAUAUGAAGGUUCAUUAAUAAGAAGUCGUUAAUUAUUCAUUAUUUUGCAUGUAAGUUGAGUCUCUAUUCACUUUAAUAUAGUUUGUUUUUGUUUUUUUUAAAAAAUAGUUUCUAUACAAAACGAGUAACUAAUAAUUCGUGAAAAUCAAUGUGAAUACUAACUCAGCUUACUGAUGAGUAGUAUUAAACAAUAUGAAAUUUUUAUUCUCAACUAAAAGAUAUUUAACAUAAGAAUAAGUAAAGAAUCAAGUUAAUAUGGUUUAUAUUCAGUUAAAUUUCUUAGUAUCUUCAAUGAAGGUUGAAUAAGGUAUUGAAUAUAAAUGAUCACUGUUAGUGAUUGUAUUCAUUUCGCAGUUAAAUUACAUUAACGUAUAUAUUAUUUGCUGUUUUUUUAUUUAUAAAAUUAAUAUUACAUGCAUGUGUUGACAAGCAAUACAUGCAACAUUUGCAGUGGCUUAUUAAGAGUGUGUAUUUUUUCAAGUACGUUAGUCUUUUUCUAAUCUUUGGUGUGAAGUGAUACUUGUUGUACAUGAUAUGUUCACUUAGAUCCUAACGAUGAUCUACUACUACAUACUAUAUUAUGAAAAGUAAUUUGAAGUGAGUAAAAGUAAUUCA